AGGCCACGAGUCCUCUCGGUGCGUCGGUGACAAGACCUUCCCCUUUCUUUCCCGCAUUCCUCUUUGCCGAAGCUAAACCCUAGGCGUGAUCUCCGCCGGUCCCCGGCCAUCACCGGCCCUGUCCGGCCUCGCGUCACCUCUCUUUUCUCACCCUCUCGCUUAGAGAAUCCCGCUUUGGCCGGCAUAGGGCGUGGAGACCCCUCCUCGUUCGCAGCCGAAGAAUCUCCUAAAAAUCCUAUUUUGAAGCCCAUCAACGGCCUAUCCGGUGGGGUGAUUAUUCAACGACACAGGUUGGUCAUAGUGGGGAGGAGCUGGUUGUGCAAGCAUAUUUGUCACCGUUGUUUCUUUCUGCAGAAACUACCUGGAACAGCUGCUCCUACAGGGAAGUUAUGCUACGAGCAGGACCCAAGGAAAUGCAGAAUCAUGAUAACAACAAUCAGAAGGUUUAUCCUCAACCAAUGGAUGAGAGUGUGAAUCAGAAUAAGGACUCCAUGGAGACUUUCAUAUCGAAGAUUUUUAAUAACAUUUCCUCUCUGAAAGGAGCAUAUAUUCAACUUCAGGAAGCUCAUACUCCCUAUGACCCAGACAAGAUUCAAGCUGCUGAUAAGCUUGUUAUAGAGGAGCUCAUGAAGCUGUCUGAACUCAAGCAUUCCUAUAGGGAUAAAAACCACCCCAAGCUCACAUCAGCAACACCACAAGAUUCACGUCUAGUUGCGGAAAUACAAGAGCAGCAAAACCUGUUAAAAACUUAUGAGGUCAUGGUAAAAAAAUUUCAGUCCCAGAUUCAGACUAGAGACUCUGAGAUUGUUCAAUUGCAGCAACAAAUUCAGGAGUCAACUCAGAGAAAGUUCAAACUUGAGAAGAAACUCAAGCAGAGGGGUUUGCUUUCCAAGGAACGUGAUGAUUCUGAAGAAGAAAAUAACUUCUUCUCUGUUGAAUUGACCCCAAACUUGUUCUGUUCUGCUGUGGAUACAGCAUACAAAUCUAUCCAUGAUUUCUCAAAGCCUUUAAUUAACAUGAUGAAAGCAGCGGGGUGGGACCUGGAUGCAGCAGCCAAUGCUAUUGAACCAGCAGUUGUUUAUGCAAGCAGGUCACACAAAAAGUAUGCAUUUGAGUCUCAUAUUUGUCAGAGAAUGUUCAUUGGAUUCGACGAAGAGAGUUUCUCCGUUGAGGCAGGCAAUCUUUCCAUUUCUAAUGAGGGUUUCUUCCAUCAAUUUCUUGCUGUAAGAGCCAUGGAUCCGUUGGAUAUAUUGAGCCAAAACCCAGAUUCAGUUUUUGGAAGAUUUUGCAGGAUGAAGUACUUGAUGGUUGUGCACCCAAAGAUGGAGGGAUCUUUCUUUGGUAAUCUGGAUCAGAGGAACUAUGUGAUGAGUGGUGGGCACCCUAGGACACCUUUCUACCAGGCAUUUCUGAAGUUAGCAAAGUCAAUAUGGAUGUUACACAGAUUGGCAUAUUCAUUUGAUCCCAAAGUUAGGGUUUUUCAGGUGAGAAAUGGGAGUGAAUUCUCAGAGGUUCAUAUGGAAAGUGUGGUGAAAAACAUUGUUUUGGGUGAGGGAGAUCAAAGACCUAAAGUUGGGCUUAUGGUGAUGCCAGGUUUUAUGAUUGGGGCAAGUGUCAUACAGUCCCAGGUGUACCUUUCAGGUGUCAGGUGUGCUGAAUGAAGAUUGAUGCAUUUUGGGUCUCUUGCUGAAGUGGGAAGCACCAUCUAUCUCGGUUGUUGGAUUGCUAAAGUCAAUGGUUUGUUUCGAUGUUUGUCUGUAACUGUAAAUUUAAGGUUUAGGGGAAAAUUAAGUGGAUCUGGGACCUGUAGCAUGCCUGUGACAGUAAAUUGAAAAUAUUGAAGGAAUUUUUACUGUAUGUUAGUUUACAAUUGGUGUUUGUACUUGGUGCAAGAUAGUAAUUGUAGAUAUAAGUGGAGCACCGUUUGUUAAAAUGUGUAUUGUAUGGUAAAUCAGUGGGACUUAUUUGAUACUUGCUUUCCGAACGCUGGGAUGAGGAUUACCAUGUAAACUUGUUCGUGUUUAUGGUAUUGGUCUGGAUGUUGUGCAAGCUGUAAACAUUCAACUUUCUUUCCUUCC